AUGGCUUCCGAAGAUUCCAUUCCAACCGCUGUUAAAAAGCUUUUCAAGAACGAGAGAAAAGAGUAUGCUCUACCUGAUGGCUUUAUCUGGAACGAACAGAAGAAAAAAUAUUGCCAAGGCGACUUGUGGAUAUUGCUUCGAACGCAUACAUACUCUGACUGGCAUGGAAUCCGUCGACAUAUCGGUCCUCAUGGGGAGAGAUCUCGCCAUCAACUGAUAUCACAGCCUAAGCGAAACGAAUUCGGCUACGUCUUUUGCCAUCGAGGACUCCACGAUCGCGCUAGAGGAAUCCCCGAGAACUCGCUAUUGGCCGUGGAGAAUGGCAUACGGGAAGGGUUUCACUUCCAUGAGCUCGUUGGAAAUCUGAGCAUACGUCCAGAAUCCACAUCAGUCAGCGAGAAUAUUUUCUUCGCUCACGAUAAGACUCCAAGGCAUGUAUCUUCGAAGACACUUAGGUGGACCUUCUACAAACUGAGUGGAAUUAGGCGGACAACACUAGUCAUAAGGAAUUUCGAUAAGGGGAAGGGUACUUAUGCGAAUUCAUAUUUAAAUACAACCCAGAAGGUGCCAUUUCUUCGUGAUCUUGAUCUAAUCUGGCGACAUGAGGUCGGUGAAGCUGUCCGCGGCGAUGUAGACGGUUCUGUUCAAUUCGACCUUAGAGGCAAGGACUUUGCCGACUCAUUAGCUCACUUUUAUGGCCAAACUGACGUCUCGAGUCCACGCUUGAUUCUCAAGAGAUACAAUUCCCAUUUUUCAACGUACGAGAAACUGAAGUCAGCGACUGAGAAAUCCAAGCUUAAAAAACCACGCGGACACUCGCUUUACGAUACGCUACAGCAAUAUCCUUACAUGGCGAUCAUGAGCUACGAAAAUAUCUGCGACGUGUUCAGAACUCAACUUUUGUCGUUCUACAUUGCAAAAGAAUAUUGUUUCAUACUUGAAGUCGUCUUGACAGGGCUUGGACUAGGCUACAACGUACAGAAUGGAACGGCGAGAAACCCAAUGGACGGCACUCCUCUCAACGAUCGCGAGGUCAUUUUCCAGAGCUGCGUAGAUCGUGCCAUGAUUGACGUUGGCCUGGAACUCAAAAAAGAGAAUCCCCUGGUCAUUUUGUCGUCGUGCACGCGACUAUGCGACAUCAGAACACCCGAGGGAACGGAAAUGACAUGA